CCUAAUGGCUCCCAGCCAAUGGGCUGCGCGGGCUGCCCGCAGUGCCGGGUGGGAGGGGGCGCAUGUGCAGUGAGAGAGGCCCGUCCGGGAGGGAGGCUCGCUCCCCUCGCCGCGCGUGCGUGGCUGGUUCCGAGAGCGGCUGCAGAGCCGCGGCCCGGUUUGUGCGCGUGACGCCCCGCCCCCAGUCGCCACCCCGCCUCCUCUCCCGCCAUGGCGUUGAACAAGUCCAUGCACGCGAGAAACCGCUAUCGGGACAAACCGCCGGACUUCGCCUACCUGGCGUCCCGGUACCCGGCCUUCCGCCAGCACGUGCAGACCAGCCUCUCCGGCCGGGCCAGCCUAAAUUUCAAGGAUCCAGAAGCUGUGAGAGCUCUGACAUGCACUCUCUUGAAAGAAGACUUUGGACUUACAAUUGAUAUACCAUUAGAGAGGCUCAUUCCUACUGUUCCCUUGAGGCUUAACUAUAUUCAUUGGGUGGAAGAUCUAAUUGGCCAUCAAGAUGGUGAUAAACAAGUUCCUAGAAGAGGAAUUGACAUAGGUACCGGGGCAUCUUGCAUCUACCCAUUACUUGGAGCCACUUUGAAUGGCUGGUAUUUCCUAGCAACAGAAGUGGAUGAUAUGUGUUUCAAUUAUGCAAAGAAAAAUGUGGAACAGAAUAAUUUAUCUGAUCUUAUAAAAGUGGUUAAAGUACCACAGAAGACCCUUCUAAUGGAUGCACUAAAAGAGGAAUCUGAGAUCAUUUAUGAUUUUUGCAUGUGCAACCCUCCCUUUUUUGCUAACCAGUUGGAAGCCAAGGGCGUAAAUUCUCGAAAUCCUCGACGGCCCCCUCCGAGCUCUGUGAACACUGGGGGCAUCACAGAGAUCAUGGCUGAAGGGGGAGAACUAGAAUUUGUCAAAAGAAUUAUCCAUGAUAGUCUGCAGCUUAAAAAAAGAUUGCGGUGGUACAGCUGCAUGCUGGGAAAGAAAUGCAGUUUAGCUCCAUUAAAAGAAGAACUUCGAAUUCAGGGGGUUCCUAAAGUUACUCACACUGAAUUCUGUCAAGGCCGUACCAUGAGGUGGGCACUGGCAUGGAGUUUCUACGAUGAUGUCCGAGUGCCUUCACCUCCCUCUAAAAGAAGGAAGUUAGAAAAGCCCCGGAAGCCAAUUACAUUUAUAGUGUUGGCAUCCACAGUCAAAGAGUUAUCCAUCAAGGCUUCAGCUAUGGGCUGGGAUGCUGUGGAAGGCAUAGCAGUGGUUACAAAGUGGAUAGAAAAAAUACUGACUGAUCUGAAGGUUCAGCAUAAGUAUGUUCCCUGUGGAGAAGAUGAAGUUAGUCUGUUUCUAACAGCCAUUGAAAACUCUUGGGUUCAUUUAAGAAGAAAGAAACGAGAACGAGUAAGGCAGCUACGAGAACUUCCUCGAGCUUCUGAAGAUACUCUGCAAGCAAUGGAAGAAGAGAAGAGCAGCCAGAAAGACUCAAACAACCCAGAGUGUGAACAAAACAAGACUGAAAACUUCGAAAUGGGGUCAGUGAUGCUUGAUGAGGAUGUCAGCUCAGCCAAGAAUGACAGGCAAAGGGAAGAUUCCCCUGCCAAAGAAGAAAACAAUGAGGAACUCAUGGAAGAGGAGGACAUAGAAGCAAAGCAAGCAGAAACAUUAAUUGGUGAAGACUCCAGUGAUGCAAAGGAGGAGCCUGAUGCUUCAGAGGAUGCUGGCAAUCUAACAAUGGAAAAAGGACAAAGUCCCAAAGGAACUAGUGGACACUUUCUUUUUAAGUGUUUAAUAAAUGUGAAGAAAGAAGGGGAUGAUGCAUUAGCAGAGAUGCACUGGGUUGAAGGACAGAACAGAGAUUUAAUGAACCAACUGUGCACCUACUUACGAAAUCAAAUUUUUCGACUGGUUGCUAGUUAGCCCUUAUUCAGAAUAUGGUAGAAAUAGGUCAGUUCUAGAUAUUUUUUUUGUAAUCUUUUUAAUAGACUAAAAGAAACUUUGUGCUAACAAAGUUUUUUAAGAAGAAAUGACCAAAAUUGAGAUGAAAAUCAACUUUAUUUUUAAACAGAGCCUUUUUUAAAUACAAGGAAUCAUAGGUAUAUAAUAAUGAGAGGUAGGAGAAACAGUGCUUAAAAAGCACUUCAGUGUCUAGCUGUAAAAUUGCAUGAUAAAUGGAAACCUAUUUUAGCAAUAGCUCUGUGGUUGGUUUCAUAUGGCAACAUUACAGCUGAUUUCUGGUCUUUCUGAUCUGACUUGGUGGAAAUGCAGUUCUCUUUGCUGAAUAGAAAUAAUCAUUACAAUAUUAAAUUUUUACAUCAUUAUUAUUGCAGGAAUAUAAGGGUUUUUUCAGCUCUUACUUAUAUAGGUUAGCCUGCAACUCUGUGUAUUGUCUUUUGCAGCCAGGAAUCUUCCUUGAAGGGAUGGCACUUGCCACCCUCCUCCAUCUCCUUUCCCUAUGUGUUUGCCCUCAGCUGAGCGACAUCUUGAUAACAGGUGACAGUUCUUUAAAUGACAGCUCAUAAAAGCACAAAAUAAUAUGGGAGAGCUGGGUAGCUUUAGAGAUGUUCAUGAAUCUUGAAUUUUCAUUAAUGGCUAGAUUAGAGUCCACUAUUUAACAAAUAUUAGGAUUUGCAUAGAUUUUUUUUUUUGCUUUUCAAAAGCUUAAAAAUGAAAAAUGAUUUGCGCUCCUCCUCCAACAUACAAGUUAAGAAAAAUUUAACUGUGGCACACAUUGUUUUAGACCAGGUAUCCCCACUGAUACAGGAGAUGAAAUGCAGUGUGGUGGUUUCAAGCAAUUAUUCCUGAAAGACUGGGCUUCACUUUAAACUUAAAUUUCUUUGAAGUAUUUAAUGAGGGUGGGGCGAGAGAGAGAGAAUUGGAGUAUAUGUCCCUCAUCUCCAUGGACCAGAAAAACUCAUCACAGGGGAUAAAAGUAUGGAUAGGAAAACAGAUUAAUAUGAUGAACAGGGUGUGGAGAGGACAGGAUAGCUGAUGCUCUCUCUGGAAAUGGCAAGAUCUGUUAGUGGGGGGUUCUGAAGUGGCCCAGUGACAGGAAAUGAGUUGCAACAUUAAGUAUGCAUUAUACUGGUAUGGGCCAUAGAUAUAAAAGUGAAAUCCACAAUAGGAGAAAGAUACAUUAUUGACUUCUUGUAGCAAAUGCACCUGUUCAUGCUGUUGGGAUCACUCUGAAUAUGUGUUAUUCAUCAAGGGUUCCAAAAAAUUCAGCAGAAACUGUACAUCCUGUCUUUUGCACCACAGCAGGCCAGAGAAACAAGAUAUACUAUUUAAGUCCUGUCUUUAAUCUCUGAACUUCUGGUAAACAGUUACACAGUAUUGGAUUUGAUAUCAUAAAAUCGUUCUGAUACUUUGUUUUUAUUAAAUUAUUUUAUUUGGAUCAGAUUUUAACACAACUGAGGUGACUGAAAGGAAAUGGAGGUGAUGCAAUCUGACCUGCACCAUUAUCUUUCAAAAGAAUGCACUAAAUGUUGUCAAAUUGCCUGAAAAUGUCAUGAUUUCCUUGAAGUGUCAUAUACUGCAAGUAAAAUUAAUACUAUGUUUGUUUACCAUAAAAGUAAAAAAUGGAGAACAUAUUUGUAUAGAAGAGACUCUAAAAUAUUUAUGCCUUUGACUUAAUGGAUUCAAUUUGGAGUUAGAAAGAUCAAUGUUUUUCCUGUGUAGCAGUGAAGAAAAAUACUUCUGAGAGAAUUUUAGAUUUGUUCUCAUGUUUCAUUAACCAACAGAUGUCAUGCUAGUUAACUAUUUUAUCACAGAUAAUAGGCAGUGGUUUAUAUUUGAUUAGGAAAAUGUUAUAUAUAAAGCCCUUAAAUUGGGUUAUUGAUUGUACAGCUCGUGGUUCUCAAAUUCUGGUUUGUAGCCUGCUGAUUUUGCACAGAGCUGCUUCCUGAAGCAGUGAUGCUUUAUGCUAAUUGUAGUUUAAUCAAACUUAAGAGUUUUGAGAGGUUCUUUUGGACACCUGAACUACUUAAACAAACAAACAAAAAAAUCCAAGUCCCACAGAAACCAAAGCCCUCUGUACCGUGUUUGGCUGUUCCAUGGGCUUCUGAAAGGUGGUUUUUUAGUGUAAAUUUACAAAGUAUAGUCUUUUGGAAAUGUAAUUAAAAAUCAGAGGGCAAUGUUAGCUCUAGGGAGAGAGGGAUUUAGGACCAGCUGUUCUGUGUGGUAGCUUCCUUUAAAAACCAGCUCCUAAAAAGUGCCAUUUUGGCAGUCACAGAGACUGGUUGCCUAUUCAGCCAGAGAAGGGAUAAAGUAACAGUAAAGCUUCUCAACGCUGCAUUGCUGUGUGCCUCUGACCUGGAUUUCAUCUAGGGUUUGAGAUUGUCUAUCCAGUCUGUGGCCUUUCUAUUUAUUACCAUAGUGCCAAGGAGCUCUAGGCAUGGGCCAGCACCCUGUUGUAUGACACAGAACAAAAGAUGGUCCCUGCCCCAAAGAGUUUACAAUCUGAGUAGAAGAUGAGAUAACAGAUGAACUGCCACUAUCGAUAACUGCCACUUGUGAUGAGGGAAAAACCAAUAACUGGAUAACAUUUGUUCAGCACUGAGGUAUUAAAAGUAGCCUGCUACUGCAUGAGAAUCGAAUCCUUGUCUAUGUUGGUUAACGAAAGUAAUGGAGGAAUAACCUGUGUCCAGUACUUUCAUAGAUUCAGUUUUGUCAGAGAGGGCAAAUGCCAAACAGCCACGAACCCCUAAGCUAGCUUCUAAUUUUCCCUGGGGUAGCUCAACCCCGGCCCCACCACUCCACCCCUUUCCCCAAGGCCCCCCCAUCUCUUCCUGCCCUUCCCCUACACGCACCCUGUCCUUGCUCCUCCCCCUCCCUCCCAGUGCCUUCAGCAGUGUGCAGGAAACACUAGGAGGGAGAGAGUGAGGGGGAGGAGUUGAUCAGUGUGACUGGUGACCCUGGACAUGACUUGUGGACACCCUGGAGUACCCUGGCGGUCUGCGGACCAUCACUCAGUUAUAAAAGUAGGGCUGACCCAUUUCAGAGUCUGUCCUUUAAAAUGCUAAAUGGCCUCAACAUCUAGGUGUCUUAAAGAUCUUUCCACAAUUCACAGGCAGUUGCUUCUCUUGGAGCACAUAAACUUGAUGGCAUCUAGGUGUGAACUCCUAAAAGCAAGUCAAUGCAGCAGAUUGGGAACUCUGCAGCAGUUUAAUUUAAAUUGAAAAAAAGUUUAAAUACAAAAAUGAGUACAAUCUGUGCUGUCUUGCACACCAGCGUGGACAGUGUGCUAAAGCCAAAUCAGGGUUGUGUACUGAAUUAGGUGGUUAUCUGUAGGACCCUUGCCUCUGUUGCAGAAGUUGGAAGAUGUAUAGUGAAUAAGGUAGUGUGCUUUGCUGUUUUUGUAGUGGCCUGGAGGCAGAAAGGGUGGAGCCCUGUUCUGCAUCCCAAUUUCUGUAUGAUGCUGGGGAAGCAAUUAAAACCACUUUUAUUUUGCAGUUGUAUAUUCUAACUACAUUAUCUUAUUUUCUUGGGGUAUAGCAGGAACCUGAUUUUCAAAAAGGCUGAAGGUGCACCACUGAGCCUGAAAUCAAUGGGAGUUGAGUGCUCAGAACAUCUGGAAAAUGUGAUCCCAGGUUUCUCAGGUGCUGAGGGUGUGGGAGGGAACAACGACCCCCAAGGGGUCACCCUUGCAAAUUUUGCCCGCUUCUAUCCUCCCGCGGGGGAGUGUUUAGGUGCUGAAGUUUUGCAGUUGUAAGGUACCAGCUGGGGAGGUGGUGUGUUCUAAAGCUUGUUUAGUGUGAAAAUAAAAAGCAUUAGAACUGAGA